AUGUCGACUGGAAUAAAUAACGCCGAUUACCUCUUGGGGUACCACUCCAUCCCCGAGCCGAUCAAUGCAGCCAUUGUCAACGUUCCUCUCCAUCGUCUGAAAGAACUGUUUCCCGGCAUUCAACGCUUUACGGCUAUGGCUGUCAUAUUUUCCUACCACCCAGAUAGCCCAUCCAAGCGAAGAGCUCUGUUGAUUAAGCGAAACGGCAAGGAAAGCUCAUGGGGUAAUUCCUGGGAGACAGGAGGAGGAACGGCAGCAAAGGGAAGAAUGGAUUAG